AUUUCCCUGUGCCCUGCAGAGCUGGACGCGGUGUCACCCGAGCCAGUGACGUCAUCGCCAGCACGUAUAUAUGUCGCGGCGACCUCGACCGCGCAUCACUUGUCACCCGCCCACCACGCGACAUGAGAGCCCUACUAGUCCUGUGCGCCCUGGCGGCGCUCACAUCUGCGGAGCAUAGACAAAAGCGCAGCUUUUUCAAAGGGUUAGGUUUAGACUUCUUGGGCGGGUUCUCCGGCUACGGCAGCGGUCACGGCAGCGGCUACAGCAGCGGCUACGGCGGCGGGAACGGCAAGAACUACGGCUACAGUGGCAGCCAUAGCAACUACGGAGUUGCCCACAGCAGUGGCUACGGCGCCGGCCACGGGUACUACAGCAACCCCGCGCCUGUCGUCGUGCAGUACACGUACCCCUCUCAGCCAGCCCAGACCUACACGCCUACCUACACAGCACCAGCUGCGUACCCUGCAUCUUCGUACGCAGCGUCCAGCUACUCGGAGCCCGCCACACAGGUAGUGACCGUCAACAAGGUGGUGAACGUGCAGCGCGAGGUCACCGUGCCGCAGGUGGUCAACGUGCGCAAGAUCAUCACGGAGCCCAAGGUCAUUACCGUGAAGCAAGUGGUGCCCGCCACCGGGUACACGGGCUACGGCAGCGGAGGUGCUACAGGCUAUAGCAAUGCCGGAUCCAGCGGCUACGGCAGUGGUUACGGCACUGGCUACGGCACUGGCUACGGCACUGGCUACGGCACCGGCGAGGCUGCCGGCUACUCCGGCACAUACGCCAGCGCGUACUCCGGCGCAUACAGCGGCGCGGGCACCUCCAGCGACAACUCCUGGUGUUGAUGUGAUCCAACAGUGACGUCAUAGACUUCCUAAUUCUGUUAGUAUUUGUUGUAAAGAAUAGUGUUGCCAGUGAUAUGCAUGUUAAAUUGCCGACUUGAUUUUUAACAAUAAAAAAACGAUAUAAAGAA